UAAAUGGAGUAUAAGCAUCAAGUAGCCUUUGAUUAUCCAAGCAAUACAGGUUCGGGUUGCCGGAGUGACGUUAGAUACCGGCUGGUGAUAGGAGAUAUCAGGCUAAAGUCUUAGCUUUCAGGCUAGUAGCUGAUCAUUCCUUUUGUGAACCAAAUUAAAGAGCGUAUUUUUCGAGGUUGUCGAAGCAAUGGUGCUUUUUCCAUCUCUGCUCGAUGGAUUGGCUGGAACAGUAUCAAUCAAGAAAGGAAGAAAUUCUCGAAAAGAUGCAGGAAGGGAAGCUGCAGAAGCAUUGGCAAAGGAUGCGAGGAAGAAUGAGUUGAUGUUGAGUUCCUCGGGCAUUGUUAAGUCUAACAAGUCAAGUAACUUUGCCUCUGUCUGCUCCAAGAGAGGGCAGAAAGGAAUUAAUCAGGAUUCCUUGGUUGUGUGGGAGGAAUUUGGAUGCCAAGAAGAUAUGAUAUUUUGUGGGAUUUUUGAUGGGCAUGGGCCAUGGGGCCAUUUUGUUUCUAAAAGGGUUAGAGAAUCUGUACCCUCUUCAUUGCUAUGCAAAUGGCAAGAAACUCUUUCAUUGACGUCGCUUGGCAUGGACUUCGAAAUGGAUUUAGAUAGAAACCUUCAUCAGUUUGAUAUUUGGAAGCAGUCCUACUUGAAAACUUAUGCUGCCAUUGAUCACGAACUUAAGCAGCAUCCCGAGAUUGAUUCCUUUUGCAGUGGUUCUACAGCUUUAACAAUCAUUAAACAGGGUGAGCAUCUAGUUAUAACAAAUGUUGGUGAUUCUCGGGCUGUAUUGGCAACUACUGAUGAUGAUGGCUGUUUGGUGCCCCUUCAGCUUACCAUCGAUUUUAAGCCUAAUUUACCAGAGGAGGCUGAACGAAUAACCAGGUCCAAUGGCAGAGUGUUUUGUUUGCGUGACGAGCCCGGGGUGUUUAGGGUCUGGAUGCCAAAUGGUAGAACUCCAGGACUAGCAUUAUCAAGAGCCUUUGGCGACCACUGUGUAAAGGAUUUUGGGCUCAUUUCUGAGCCUGACGUGACACAAAGAAACAUCACAAGCAGAGACCAGUUUGUCAUUUUAGCCACUGAUGGGGUAUGGGAUGUGAUCUCUAACCAGGAAGCAGUGCAGGUUGUUUUUUCAACACCUGAUAGGGAAAAAUCAGCUAAAAGGCUAGUGGAAUGCGCAGUUCGUGCUUGGAAGAACAAGAAAAGAGGCAUUGCCAUGGAUGAUAUCUCAGUCAUCUGCCUCUUCUUUCACCCUUCACCAUCUCAAAAAGCUGCCCCUCUGACGAUCUCAAAACAAGCUGACAUGAUCAAGACUUUUUAAAGAAACAAAGCUUCAGCCACCGACUGUAGUGAUUGCUGUCUGUGAAAAUAUUGUAAAGAAGUAUAGACCAAGAAUUUUACAUGUAUGAGAACUGGAUGAAAGGAGCAUAAGGUUUUUUUCAGGCCCUCUAAAUAUCUUUAUUGCCUUUGAUAUUGCAUGUAUCAUUAAAUUGAUCUACAACUGCAAAACUAAUAAAGCUUUUAGUAUUUCACCUCAAUGUUCUUAACUUGCUUGAACAUGCUCGUUGUAGCAAGAGAAUCUACUAUUAAAGUAAAAAAUUUAAAAGCGUUUACCCUCUCA